CAGGUACUCAGGUCAACCAUUGCCAUGCAGGUUUAGCAUAAUUAAUUAUCAGAAAUUAUAAAUUUAAUUAAUUUAAACAUAUGUAGUUCCACCUUUGGAAUUACCAUUGCAUAAUCUCCCCGCCACCCGCUUUACCGCAGGGAUCGAUCGAUCCGCAGGUAUGGAGCAUUUGGAGAACGCAAAAGUGAUUCGGCUCAAGGAGUACAAAAAGGGAAAAUUUCUGGUGGCGGAUAAGGAUCAGAAAACGCUGCGGCGGGGCGGAAAUGGUUCAUCGCAAAACGCCCUCUGGACGGUGGAAAUGGUGGCGGAAGGAACGCACCGUUACCUGCGGCUGAAAAGCUGUCACGGGAAAUACCUAACGGCGUCGAACAUGCCGUUACUCCCCAGGGGAAGGUGCCAGAAAGUUGUCCAGAGCUUGCCGGAUAGAUUGAACUCGGCGACGGAAUGGGAGAUGGAGGGGGAAGGGGUGGUGCGGCUCCGAACCCGGUACGGUCAAUUCUUGAAGCAGUACGGCGGCGUUAUGCCGUGGAGGCAUUCCCUUGUGCACAACGGCCAUGCCAAAAGGUCCGCCUUGUGGGAAAUCCAAGUAGUUGACCAGGCUGCCGCUGAGGCUGCCCGUGCCAUGGUCCACCACCACCGCCGUGCCGCGUCUGAUUCCACCUUCUCCACACGAAAUACAUUUUCCGCAUUUAAGUUCCCCAAUUUGGGUGGCAUAAAAGAGAAGUAAUGUAAUAAUCAUGAUAUAGAGAAGUCAAUACUAAUGUUCACAUAAAAAAGAUCUAUUGAUUAUUUUGUUACAAACUUAUUCGAUAC